AUUCCCAUCCACAAACAGAAAAGAAAGAAGUCCGAGGCGCCCCCGCCGCCGCGGAGGAAGAAAAAGCUUCACAUACCGCGUAGAGCGCCAUCUAUAGUGGUGCCUCCGAGGCAGGUCGUGUACCCGUCGCCUGAUAAGACCACGUGCGCGGAAUGCACCUGCUACCCUAAGGAGGACCCUUAUGUUAGACCCAAGAAACUAAACCCAUGCCUAAAGACUCCGUUGACCCUGUACGAAUUGGCAGCAGAAGUGGUCGAACAGCUGAACUUCCCAGCAGCCUUCACCUGGAGCGAGGAAGACGUGGUGAAAUGGAUGUCUGAGGAGCUGGGACUGCCGCAAUAUAAGGAAUGCAUAACGGACAAUCACAUAGAUGGCAUGAGACUGCUGAUGCUGGAAGACCCCUCACGGCCUCCAAUGAUCAACAUACAUUACUUCGAUCAUAUUAAGCUCAUAUCUGGCGGGAUACGCAAACUAUACGGCACAGACUUCAUCAAGUUCUCCAGGAGCGUCGGUCUGCCCCCACGGUACCCCCUGACGCAUUGCACUUGGUUCAAAUCCCGGACUGGACCUUCUUGGGGAAUCAGGAAGAAUUGGACGAGAUUAGAUAUAUUAAGAUGGAUGAAGAUUGUCAUGCCGGCGCCUGUUUACAUGAACCACUGGGAUCUAGUUUGGUAUCAAAAGCCCGAUUACCCCAAGGUCAUGUUCGCGCGGGUUACAGACAAACACACACACGAACACAUACCACGGUACAAAGCGAUGAAGGAGACUAUUUGCUAUGAAUAUCAGGUACCCAGGAAAUUCAGGUUUCAAACAGGUAUACCCGAGGAGGAACAACUGAUCUGGAUUGAACGGAGACAAGAACCGCCAAAACCGAAGAAGAUGAAGAAGAAGCCAAAGAGAAAAGUAAUAGUGCCGAGAGAGACUAACUUGAUACCGAAAAUGAUUGAUCCGACAGGACUCAAAGGCAAAGACUUGAUUCUGGCCAGGAGGAAGAUGGCGACGCCAAAAUUUGCGCCGUCUGAUCUUUAA